CCCGAAGACAGCAAGAUGUUUCUCGCUAUCUUGUACUUCGCUUUGCCCUUAGUGGAUGUACUUUUGUCUGCAGAAGUGAGCGGGCUGCCUGGAGGGGACCGCCUCGACUGCGUGAAAGCCAGCGAUCAGUGUCUCAAGGAGCAGAGCUGUAGUACUAAAUACAGGACACUGAGGCAGUGUGUAGCCGGCAAAGAGAGCAACUUCAGCCGGGCGACAGGCCUGGAGGCAAAGGAUGAAUGCAAAAGCGCCAUGGAAGCUCUCAAGCAGAAAUCUCUAUACAACUGCCGCUGUAAGAGGGGUAUGAAGAAGGAGAAAAACUGCCUGCGCAUUUACUGGAGCAUGUACCAGAGCUUACAGGGAAAUGACUUACUUGAAGAUUCCCCUUAUGAGCCAGUUAACAGCAGACUGUCAGACAUAUUCAGGCUAGCACCAAUUGUAUCAGUGGAGCCAGUACUUUCAAAGGGGAACAAUUGCUUGGAUGCAGCAAAAGCUUGUAACCUAAAUGAUACCUGCAAGAGGUUCAGAUCUGCUUACAUAACCCCCUGCACCAGCAGCACGUCUAAUGAAAUCUGUAACAAGCGGAAGUGUCAUAAGGCCCUCCGGCUAUUUUUUGACAAAGUUCCCCCAAAGCACAGCUACGGGAUGCUCUUCUGCUCCUGUCGAGACGUAGCCUGUACAGAAAGGAGACGGCAGACUAUUGUUCCUGUGUGUUCAUAUGAGGACAGGGAGAAACCAAACUGCCUGAAUUUACAAGAAUCCUGCAAGAAGAAUUACAUCUGCAGAUCUCGCCUUGCAGAUUUCUUCACAAACUGCCAGCCUGAGUCACGGUCUGUUAGUAGCUGUCUGAAGGAGAACUACGCUGACUGCCUCCUCGCUUACUCGGGGCUUAUUGGCACAGUGAUGACACCAAACUAUAUAGACUCAAAUAGUCUCAGCGUUGCCCCAUGGUGUGACUGCAGCAACAGUGGUAACGACAGAGAUGAAUGCCAGAAAUUUCUGAAUUUCUUCCAGGACAAUACAUGCCUUAAAAAUGCAAUUCAGGCCUUCGGCAAUGGUACUGAUGUGAAUGUGUGGCAGCCAAUCUUACCAGUACAGACCACUACAGCCACAACUACAACAGCUGCCAGACUUAAAAACACAGGUUCAGAGACCACCAACAAUGAAAUACCCACCCACAACGAUUCACCAGCAUGUGCAAACCUGCAGGCACAGAAGAAGCGGAAAUCUAAUGAAUCUGUAGACACAGAGCUCUGUCUUAAUGAGAAUGCUAUUGGGAAAGACAACACAGCGGGAGUCUCCACCAGUCACAUAUCUUCAGAGAAUUCGCUUGCUCUUCCUAGAAGCUUCUAUCUAAGCACACCGCUCACUCUGAUGACACUUGCACUCUCACUCUGUUUGUUCCUAAGCUCAUCAGUCGUCUUGUAG